AUGUAUUGUUGUCAAAAGUUUAGUUUAAAAAGCUUGAUUCGAUUUAAAGAUGUACAGGUUAUAGAUACAAAAAAGAGAGAAGUAUCACAACAGUUUAUAGCAACAGCAAAUAGAUUCAACCUCAACUAUUUUAAAGAUGUUUUGGUGAAUAGUAUAUAUGAUCAACAUAUCAUUGUAUUUGACAACAAUACAACAGAGAACAAAGCAGAUAAAAGUAACAUUAAAACAGCGUUGGUGUAUUACAGUGAAUCAUUUGAUGGUGAAUGCGAUCUAACACCAAUCUAUGAUUUACCAUCAAUCGAGACAUUAUACAUCAACAAUCAAACCAAAGGUUCAAUAGAUAUUGGUUAUUACUAUCCUAUGCCCAAUCUCAGACGAUUAUCAAUUUGUGCAUGGGAAUUCAAUCUUGAUAUCCUCCAAUCACUCAAGUAUCUCAAAAUGGAAAGUGAAAUGUUAUGUGAAUUUAGGUGUUUCGAGCUCAUUAAAUUCAAGUCUCUGGAAGAGUUGGUCUUUAAAAGCUAUAUGGUGAAUCAUCUGCAGAUGGAUCAAUUACCAAUCAGUUUGACAUAUCUUUCUAUUAAACUUAUGGAUAUACCUUAUCCAAACUCAUUCGUUUCAUGCAAGUCAUUGGAAAAACUCAAGAUUUGUAUUGAUGACAGUGAAUUUGAAGAAGAAGAUGUGGAACAACUAUCCAUCGAUCUUGCCGGUCUACCAAACCUCAAAUCAUUCAAGUUUAUGGAAGAAGAUUCGAGUGACAAUUUAAUAGACUAUUGUUUUGAGAUUAGUCUACCUCCAUCUAUCAAGAUUCUUAAAAUAUUUACCAAUCACGUUCAAAUCCCAUCUAAAUAUCCAAUGCCAUUGUUGGAGCGAUUGUAUGUGGAUCAAAGUCUAUUGAGUGAAGGAAAGGUCAAUCUAUCAUCAUCACCAUCGAUAAAGAAACUCUCUCUUUCAACAUGUUAUCACCCCAUUCGAGCAAAUACAAUCCCCAGUGUUGAAAAGCUGACAAUUGAUAAACCUUUGGAUUUUCGCAUAUUUGGACAGGUUGUAUUCCCACCAACACUCACUCAUCUAUCAAUCAAGGGAAACCACUAUGAAUCAUUCAAAUUACCAGAAUCACUCAUCAAAUUAAACCAGACAAUCAAAAUACCACCACUAUCACUUCCACAACAUUUAAGACAACUUGAUUGGAAAAUCAAAGAUACGAACAAUUUUGUAUUUCCAUCCUCCUAUCCACCACAUCUUGAAACUGUUAAUUUAAUAUAUCUAGAUGCAGCUGACUUUAAAAUCGAUAUACCACCAAUCACCAAAUAUCUAUCAAUAAUCUUGAACCCCAACUCUUCCACUCAAAGUCAUCUUUUAUUUUCAAUCAGUAAUAGAAUAACUAAACCCAGUGAUCAAUCAAAACUAUGGUUACCAUUCAAUACUACUAAUCUGACAGUGGAUCUCUGGUGCAAAUUAGACUUUAGCAAAAAGUUGGCAUUUAGAUUGGAUGAAGUAAUCAACCACACCAAUGUUAGAUAUUUAUCAAUCUCUGAUACUUUAAAAUUUUCAAUUCAAAGAUUGGAUCCUGAAAAUAAGAGUGUAUUGGUAUUGGAAAGACAGACACUGACAGGUGGAAUAAUCACUCAAAGAAAAUCAAUCAACAAUCAACAACAAUAUGAUCCUAUUUAUUUAUUUAUGAACAAAGGAUCAUCCUCUUGCUCUAAAUUUGAAUUUAAUUGGAGUUUUGAACCACUAUUAUGA